CUCUGGGAAGAAGCCCGCCUCCAGCAUGUCCAAUGUCCUACUCCUCCUGAUGCUUUGUAAGACUGGUGCGAGAAGCAAGCGGCAGCCUUUCCCAGGGAAAAUGGUCAACACUGUGUACAAUGAUGAGGAACGGGGAAGCCCAGACAAGGAGAGCAAGGAGGAGAGCAUCCUGGCCAUGUUAGGCAUCAUCGGGACUAUCCUCAACCUGCUGGUCAUCAUCUUCGUCUACAUCUACACCACGCUGUAG